GUGCCAUCUCUAAUUCCUCAAAGCAAUAAAUUGGCCUGCAUUUUCUUUUUCCUCGAUUUUGAACAUGCUGGACGGUUGGUAUUGCCGUUCCCUGGCCAAUCAGGGUGAGGAAAACUUUGUGAAGGAUGAGCAGGAGAGUGAAGAGGAGGUGACUCCUCCAGGAACAGUUAAAGGAAGAGUUCCCAAGCCACAUGCAGCGGGAGGAGCAGUUGGACCAAGUUCAUCCGGAUUGGGCCCAUCUGGCAGUGUCGAUCCAAGUUCCAAUGACAAUGUCAUAGACUAUAAAGAGCGCUACAAGAAUCUUAAAAAGAAACUCAAGUUUCUUAUCUAUGAAAACGAAUAUUUUCAGGAUGUCUUGCACACAAAUCAGCGCCGUUUGUUGAAGGUAUCCAAAGAUCGUACUUUCCUGCUAGAUCGUUUACUGCUAUACGAGAAGCCUGCUAAGGAUUCAAGCGAUAGCGAUGCCACCGAUAGUUCUGAUGGAGAAGCUGAACCACAUUCUGUCUCAUUAGCCACACCAAAUACAUCAAUAGGGAUGGGAACAAGUGCAGCAGGAGGAGGUUCCACCAAAGAGACGGUGCGACGCAAGUACAAGGAUAAAGAAGGUGGAGCAACCGCUCAGGGAUCUACAGGCGGCGCACCACGAGGUCGAAAGCGUAAAAUACAAACAGAGACACCAACACAAAUCCAUCCGGCAGCUAAAAGGCAACUAAUGGCCACUGUUUCACCAUCCCCCAGUGCCACGGUAUCGGUGCAACUGCAACCGCAACCUCAACCACAGACGCAACAACCGUUGCCACAGAAAUCUCCACAACAAACGGUUCCCAAAGAUGUCUCAGUGGCGCUAAGCACGGCAGAGAUUACCCGCCAAUUACAAGAACGUCGGCCCAUGAUGAGCCCAGAAUGUACUUCGGCCACAGUGCCGGCAACAAUGCUCAGUGACGAGAGCCCUUCCAAGUGUUAUCCCCACGAUAGUUUCCCACAUCUAAUGGAGGACGACGAAGUGGCCGCCGAAGAAUGCGUUCCCAUGGAAUAUACCAGUUAGAUUUCAUAUUUACAUAUAAGUUUUCUUCAGUCUUACCUUUAUUUUUUUUCCUUGGAUAUUAAACAAACUAAAACUA